ACGAAACAUCUUGCAACGGGGGAAUAACUUAGAAAGCCACCCCAAAGGUCCUUCUGUGCAGCUGCUGAGGGAAGUUCUUAGCAAGCAGAUAUGGCAUCAGCCGCAUCCUUAAGGGCCAAUUGCAGAAAGAUAAUAUGCAUAGGUCGAAAUUACGCCGACCAUAUAAAAGAGCUAAAUAACACGAAACCGAAGCAACCGUUCUUCUUCCUCAAACCCACGUCGUCUAUACUGCCACCGAGAUCCGGACCUGUAUUACGUCCUAAAGGCGUGAAUCUUCACUAUGAGGUUGAACUAGGCCUUAUUAUGGGCAAAACCAUACGGGACUUUGACGCAAGAGACGAGAAGGCCGCAAUUGAAGCUAUUGAUGGCUAUCUCGUGGCAAUCGACUUCACAGCUCGGAAUGUCCAAGACGAAGCUAAAAGGAAAGGGCUUCCUUGGUCAAUAGCCAAGGGCUUCGACACCUUCUGUCCGAUCAGCGAUAUCAUUCCGAAAUCUCGUAUCCCUGACCCACACAAUGCCUUACUGUGGCUUAGCGUGAACGAUCAGAUGAAGCAACGCGAUAACACCGAAUUGAUGCUGUACAAGAUUCCAAGGCAGCUGCAAGACAUUAGCAGAGUGAUGACGCUGGAACCCGGUGACCUCGUCCUGACUGGCACGCCGAAAGGUGUAGGUCCAGUGAAUCCAGGCGACAAGAUGAGAUGCGGAAUUCAGGUUGAUGGAAUAAAUAUUCCAGAAGGCAAUAUUGAGGUUGAAGUAGUGGAGCGAGACGGUCCAUAUCAGUUCAGAGAGACGUAGCACUAUGCAUAAGCAAUGAAAGCAGUCUCAAGAGAGCUAUCAUGGGCUUGGAGGUGGAGGCGUUGGUGGAAGGUUAGCUUCUCGCGCGCGUCUCCACUUAGACCGCCCAAAGGUGGCCACAGGCAUCAGGUACAUCUUUGCCCCGUCUUUCAAAACUGUUGGGCCCGCUGAGGGGUUUCGUGCAGAGAACAAGGACUGAACCCCAGGUGCUUCGAUUUCUGAAGGGUGUAUGUUAGCUAAAUGCGCUCUUGUUGCUGUCUCUUGCAUUCUGGCUAACAACAUACCCUUUGCUUCAGUUGACAUUUCUUUACUAGCACCCAUUGCUCUGAAAAUACGAGUAUUCACUGUAUAUCUUG